AUGGAGGAAUCAACGACCAGGAUAAACCACGGCCACAAAGCCACUGACGAAGUUACAGACGCUCCCAAAGGAUUGAUAGCAUCAGAUAGAUCCUUUCCGGUGCACGGUCGCAUGUUCAGUGAGAUGGUAUUGCCAAUUCCAAUAGGGCCUGGGAACAAGCCGGACUUGGUUGAGUGUACUUGUCUUGUCGUCCUGUGCUCCAUGUUAUCAGCAAGACCUGGUCGAAGGCGGCAACAAUCCCGACAUGCAGCGGCUGACAUCAGGAGGGUCGUGGUCAAACCGGACAGGGUGUGCCCACACCGGGCAAGGGAAGACCGGACGGACAAACCCACCCUUGAUUCACGGCAAAUUGAGUAA